CUGGCUGGCUCGUCCAAACGAGCCCGAAUGAGACGGAGAGUUCCAGAGACGAAGAGUUGAAAAGCAAGCAGCGGACUCGGAGCAACGCUCUUGUCGGUGGUCUCCGUCGAAGACAUCAUCCACCACCGCCGUCGUCAAAAAAAAAAAAAAAAACUGAAAAAUUAGCUCCUCCCUAGGGUUUCGAUAUUGCCCUUUUCUUCCCUAACCAGUUCCAUGGAAAUGCCCGGGAGGAGAUCCAGCUACUCCCUCCUCAGCCAAUUUCCGGACGACCCGCCGCCCCCCAAAUUCGAGUCGCCGCCGUCCGACAAGAGCCGCGGCCGAUCCCCCUUCGAUUGGCCAUUACCAUCGGACUCCAUCGUUGCCGGCGACCACCGCGCUGUGAGGAUCGGGCCGUCGGCGUUUCCUUCGGUGGGGCUACAAAGGCAAUCCAGCGGAAGCAGCUACGGGGAGAGCUCGCUGUCAGGGGAUUAUUACCUCCCCACUACGCUCUCAUCGAUCACGGCCACCAUCGACGAGGAUGCCUUCAAUCGGAUCGCGACCGCUGGAGAGGCACGGGCGAAGGAGGGGGCGGAGGUGACCGGGUCGUCAUCAUCAUCCAAAAGCUGGGCGCAGCAGGCCGAGGAGACGUACCAGCUCCAGCUCGCUCUGGCUCUUCGGCUCUGCUCGGAGUCAGCCUGCGCCAGCUAUCCGAAUUUCUUGGAUGCUGGUGAUCAGAUGGUCCCAGCAGAGCGUGCCUCGGCGGAGUCCAUGUCCCAUCGUUUCUGGAAUUAACUUCCUAAAGGAAGUUCUUUGGACAAAGGAGAAGUUAGUCAUGCAAGGAACUGCCAACGAUCACCA